AUGAGCAAAGAAAACGACAAACUUGAGGUUGGCGUGGUGGAUGUGUCAAAAGAGAGUUUAAUGAAAAGUCAAAAGAAAAACGACGAUGUCGUCGUUAAUACCACAUCCGGAGAAACAAUUUUAACAGAAGAGGAUGAUCUUCCGCCGUUGCUACCUCAGGCUCCCAAACCUUCUCCCCCACUUGAACCUCUUCUACCUGACUCUUCUCCUACUUCCGAUAUCACCGCCGCAGACACUCCAGCCGACCCCGCAAGCUCUCCAUCCGAUCAACCGGAACAAACCGAAGGUCCCAAAGACGAGGACGCUGAAGUGCUUUACACUAGGUCGGAUCCUCUGAGUCAUCGGAUAGAGCGCGCCAUUCAACGAUACAAAAAGAACCGGAAGUUUAACACAACUCGCCAUCAGAUCCUCAACUCUUACCUUUCGUACGGCGGCGUAAACACAUCUCAAAAGGCGUUUCUCGGUAAUGAUGACGAGGUCGAUCCUGAAGACGACGCUGAAAUCAUAGCUGCAAAACAAGCGACUGACUUGAUUGAUGACGAUAUUAUUGAUGGCUCUGAAGUUGCAUUUACGCAUAUUGCCGCGACAUACUUGUCUAGUUAUUUUAUUGAUAAAAGCGGAUAUGUUAUGAUGAAUCAGUUUAAAGAAGCACCGGAAGUCUUGGUUUCGUUUUUGAAUUAUCUGAUAAGGCACGAUGUGUGUCCGGAACAUCUAGAAGAUAUGAAGGGAGCGUUGGAUAUUGCGUACAAGGCGCGUAUAGAGCUACCAAACUGUAAACUACUCUCUUUAAAUGCCCCGGGUAUUUUUAACAAGGCGUGUUCGCUGCUGUUUGGCGGGGAGUACUAUGGAAUGUUUGACAAUAACUGGCAAGGGGAAGACAAGGUGGCGAAUAUAGUGGGCAUGACGUUGGCCCAGGCAAAGAGAUUAUUUGAGAAGGAAACCGGAAUGAAGACUGAUGAGGUUGAAAUUGUGAGAGAAGAGACAAAGAUGGUUAUCGAUAUGGAGAUAAUAUCCAUUGAAGAUGAACGUGCAGAUAGCAAUGGUAAAAAUGCAGAUGGUGCAAGCCUUACUACGAAUGCCACAAAUGCUACCGAAGCAACAAAAGCAACAACAAAUGUCUCAAAUGCUACCGAAGCAACAAAAGCAACAAAUGCCUCAAAUGCUACCGAAGCAACAAAUGUCUCAAAUGCUAAAAAUACUCUAGAUGACAAAUUGCCGAGUGAUGGCCCUCUCCGUUGUCUUACAUUGCGCGACUGUAACAAACCAGAAGCACCAGAGAUCGUUCUUCGCUUGGGAAAUGACAUUGCGAAAUAUGCUGCAGUUGGAAUGCGCGUGAUUGCGGAUUUCUACAAGUUGAGUAAUGGUUGGUGGUAUUGGGAUCGUAUAACCAAUGUAUAUCCUUCCUAUUACGUUCCUUGUGAUAGUGACUCGAGCGAUGAGGAUUGA